AUGGACUCCUCACAAGUAUUCGCAACCACUCCCGACCCGGACCUCUUUAAGAGCAUGCUGUCCCCGGCCAGCCUGCGCGAGCCGCAAUUCCUGCCUCCUCCCGCCCCGGGUUCCAUCGCCUCGGCCCCUCCAGUCCUGAUCCCAGAUCACAUCUACCAAGCCGCCCUCGACCCCAAGGUGCCACUUACCAUUGCCGCUCUCUACGCCGUUACUGCGAAGCUCCUGAACUGGUACAACACCUCCAACUCUAAGAGGCCCUGGGCCAUCAGCAGGACACGCCUGUUCCACGUCUUCAUCGUCGUCCACAACAUCUUUCUCGCCGUCUACUCGGCAUGGACCUUCUACGGCAUGGUCGGCGUCAUGCGACGGAGUGUCGUGAACCCUUGGGGGCCUGCAGGGCUCAACGGAUUCGUGGACAGCAUGACUAGGCUCCACGGCCCAGCAGGCCUUGGCAAUGCCGUCUACUACAGCCAGCAGGAUGGGCGAUGGGCCGCAUACUCCGACAACGUCGCCCUCGCCAGUGACGGCACCCCGAGCCGCACCGAUUUGGGCCGCAUCUGGAACGAGGGUCUGGCCUUCUACGGCUGGAUCUUCUACCUGAGCAAGUUCUACGAGGUCCUCGAUACCUUGAUCAUCCUGGCCAAGGGCAAGCAGAGCUCCGUCCUGCAGACCUACCACCACGCCGGCGCCAUGAUGUGCAUGUGGGCUGGCAUGCGUUACAUGUCUCCACCCAUCUGGAUGUUCGUCUUCGUCAACUCCGGUAUCCACGCCAUGAUGUACACCUAUUACACACUGAGCGCAUUCUCCAUUCGCGUUCCUGUCUUUAUCAAGCGAACCCUGACGAGCCUGCAAAUCACCCAAUUUCUUGUCGGCGCCUCCUAUGCCAUGAUUCACUCCUUCGUCAGCUACAGCAUCCCUAUGGCAACCACCGUCGUCCAGGGUGCUGCGGCACCAGCUGCCUCUUCCGUCGACGCUGACACCGAGCCUGCGUCCGGCCCAGCAUUCCUGGACAGCCUCAAGCAGAUUGUCCUCGGCGUCGCAUCCAAGGUGACCACUUCCGUCGCCGAACAGGCAGCAUCGGCCGAAGCUAACGCUGAACCCGAACAGUCUACCACGACCCAGGAGACCGUUUACACCCAAGAGGUCGUCCCUUGCAUCAACACCACCGGCCAGACCUUCGCCAUCUGGCUCAAUGUGCUGUACCUCGCUCCUCUCACCUACCUGUUCGUCAAGUUCUUCAUCACUAGCUAUCUCCGGCGGUCCAGUGCGGGCUCGGCGCAGGGCAAGGGCAAGGGCUCUCGCGAGAGCCAGGUGGCAGUCGCCGAGAAGGCUGGUUGGGACGCCGCCCAGAGCAUCCAGCAGGAGGUCUACGGCGAGGGCUCGUCCAGCGGCCAAUCGAACGGCGCAGCAGCAGCAAAUGGACAAACCAAUGGCAAGGCGAGCAGCGGUAUCCCAAAGCCGGCGGCAAGGCAGAGGCGGCAUGCUUGA